CUUUCAACUCCUCAUUUCAUACUCCAUCCAGGCUGAGGUUACAGCAUCCAGGUGACAGGUGUACCAAUGUUCUAGCAAACAAUCAUACUCUGUCUACAGUAACUCCAGCCCACGGAAUGGGACCUGCACUAGGUGCCCUUGCUCCCAAAAUGCACAGCUUCCUCCGCCACCACUAUGACCUCUGGAAGCAAACACAAGCAAUGUGUGUCCUGGACCCCAAGCCCCUCAAGGAGCCUCUUCCACCACCAACUCAACUAUUCCUUGAGCCACAGCUCACUGGCAGAGCUGUUUUCACUGUUUGCACUUCCUCUGUGACAAAUUUCUACUCAUCUCUCCAAUCCAGCUCCUUCCAAGCAUUCUCCCAGCUCCCCUGGCCUGGCACUGAUCCUUAUGGAGCUGGGAGUGCCUGGAUACACCUGCUUCAGGGUGGGGAGUCAGAGGCUGCAGGAAGGGAGUGGGUGGGAGCCAAAAGGAGACCUGAAAGGAAACAGCCCUUGGGAGGGGUGCACAGGGCAAGGGUGGGGAUAGAGGUGGUCAGGCUAGAUAAAGGCAGGAACUAGAUAAGUGGACAGGAGCUGGGAUAGGACCCACUGUCCCCCUUCUCUUGGCAGAGGAGAGAAGGCCUUGCUGGACAACCACCAGGAUCAUCCUGGGAAAGUCAGGGCCACCUGUGAAAGAACUGGGACACUCAAGCUUUAGAGUCUUUGUCCACAGCAUUGGUCCCAGAGUGCUUGUGUGCCUGUCCACCCCUAAGGUAGGGGGGCAGCAGGUGUGUGCCCAUUCAUGGGAUGAGAGCAUCGCUUCAGAGGACAUCAGAAUGAGCCACUCCAAAUUAUCUUAUUUCUCGACCUGGUCAUCCUAUAAGAAACUGGCUCAGAGAGGCCAGUUCUUCUCUAUGUCACACAGCACAGCCAGCGGUGACUAUGCUGGCCCCCAUGGUGCCUUAAUCUCUCCAGAAAUGCCCUCUGAGGUCACCGUUAAGGGAUGCGGGAGGGCAGGCUACCCGGCAGCAAGCUGGGGCACCCCGCUGCCUGGCAGGUGACUCCAGCCUGUUUUCCUGGACAGCGACCGCUGACUCAGCCCUCCCCAUCCCUCCCUCCCCCCCCCAACAUGGGGUGCCCCCAGGCGGAAGCACCAGCUGGCAGGAAAGGGGGUGCGGCCGGCAACCCGGCUGGACGCCCUCAAACCUCGUCUCAGGGUGCAUCGGGGUCCAUAACAAAGCCUAAAGACCCGGGCUCAGAGAUACAGCCUCUGGUAUAAUUGAGGCUAGGCUGGACGUGGGAGCUAGGUGCCCUGGGCCGACGGAGCCUCGGGGCCCGGGGCCUGGGCCAGCCCGCAGGGGCGGGGGCCAGCUGCGUCACCGCCUGCCCGGCCCCCCGCCCCCUACCCGCCCAAACUCCACCCCGAGGGAAGGCGGCGGCGGAUAAAGGCUCCGGGGCCGCCCGCCUGGCCCCAGAUCGCCCUGGUCACCGCACUGUUUGCCCCCGCCGCCGAGGGUCGCUCGGAACUAUAGGGACCCAGGAACCACCGCGCCCGAUCCUGCGAGCAGCGGCUGCCGCGGCUGUUGCUAAGGGAGGGGACGCGCCGGGUAGCGCGACCCGAGCAGCAUAAGCACCGAGCCCGCUUGGCCAGGGGCUGCCCCUCCUCAGGGGCCCGCGCCGCUCCCGGGCCACCCACCGCCCUCGGAGGAACUGCAAGCCCAGACCCCACCCCGGGGCCGCAACCCGAGAAGCCGACGCGACCUCUGAGCGCCACUCGGAUUUUUAAUUUCCGACUCGCUUUUCACCGCUGGGACCUUCCCGAGGGACAAACGCAUUGCCCCCCCCGCCCCCAAACACCCAGAGAGGAAGGACCCCGUUUUGGGAGAGUCCGGGUCCCAGAGGCGCGGAGAGGAUUGGCGGCGCCCCGCGGACCCCAGCCCCCCAGCGCGCGCCGGGGAUGGAGCCGCAGCCCGGCGGCGCCCGGAGCUGCCGGCGCGGGGCCCCCGGCGGCGCCUGCGAGCUGGGCCCAGCGGCCGAAGCGGCGCCCAUGAGCCUGGCCAUCCACAGCACGACGGGGACCCGCUACGACCUGUCGGUGCCCCCAGACGAAACGGUGGAGGGGCUGCGCAAGCGGCUCUCCCAGCGCCUCAAAGUGCCCAAGGAGCGUCUGGCGCUGCUCCACAAAGACACCCGGCUCAGUUCGGGGAAGCUGCAGGAGUUCGGCGUGGGGGAUGGUAGCAAGCUGACGCUGGUACCCACCGUGGAAGCGGGCCUCAUGUCCCAGGCCUCAAGGCCGGAGCAGUCUGUCAUGCAAGCCCUUGAGAGUUUGACGGAGACUCAGCCCCCAGCGGCGCCUGGGCCGGGCCGGGCUGGCAGAGGAGGCUUCCGGAAAUACAGAUUCAUUUUAUUUAAGCAUCCGUGGCACCGACAGGGACCCCAGAUCCCAGAGAGGGGCGGCGAGAAGCCCCAGGUCAGUGACUUCCUGUCUGGCCGAUCACCGUUGACCCUGGCUCUUCGAGUGGGAGAUCACAUGAUGUUCGUCCAACUGCAGCUAGCUGCCCAGCAUGCCCCGCUACAACACCGCCAUGUGCUAGCAGCUGCAGCCGCUGCCGCUGCCGCCGCCCGGGGUGACCCCAACAUUACCACCCCUGUAUCUUCUCCCUGCCGGCCAGUAUCCAGCACUGCCCGAGUCCCACCAGUGCCCACCAGCCCUUCCCCUGCCUCCCCUUCACCAGUCACAGCUGGGUCCUUCCGAUCCCAUGCCGCCUCAACCACUUGCCCUGAGCAGCAGAUGGAUUGCUCCCCGCCAGCCAGCAACAGUGUCGGACCUGGAGCCAGCACCACAGCCACCCCAGGGAACAGUCCCACCCCUCGCUCCCGCAAACCUGGCGCAGUCAUUGAAAGCUUCGUGAACCACGCUCCUGGGGUCUUCUCAGGGACCUUCUCUGGCACUCUGCACCCCAAUUGCCAAGACAGCAGCGGGAGGCCCCGGCGUGACAUUGGCACGAUACUACAGAUCCUCAACGACCUCCUGAGUGCCACACGGCACUACCAGGGCAUGCCCCCCUCGCUGACCCAGCUCCGUUGCCAUGCCCAGUGCUCACCCGCCUCACCAGCCCCUGACCUCACCCCCAAAACUACCUCCUGUGAGAAGCUGGCGGCCACAUCCCCCUCCUCUCUGCUGCAGGGCCAGAGCCAGAUCCGCAUGUGCAAGCCCCCAGGCGACCGUCUGCGGCAGACUGAGAACCGCGCCACGCGCUGCAAGGUGGAACGUCUCCAGCUCCUGCUGCAGCAGAAGCGCAUGCGCAGAAAGGCCCGGCGGGACGCCCGCGGCCCCUACCACUGGCCCCCCAGCCGCAAGGCCGGCCGCAGCGACAGCAGCAGCAGCGGGGGAGGCAGCAGCCCCAGCGAGGCCGCUGGCUUGGGCCUUGACUUCGAGGACUCCGUUUGGAAGCCGGAAGUCAACCCCGACAUCCAAUCGGAAUUCGUGGUGGCCUAAGACCUGGCCCUCCAGGCUCCUCUGCACACCCCGGCACAGGGCUGGGAGCCCUGGGGAUGCCGAGUGCGCAUGUGUAGUGGCCCAGCUCUGGAGGGCAGGUGGUCACCUCCCUCACCACCCACCACCAGCCUUUGAUUUUCUUUUUUUUCUUUCUUUUUUUUUUUUUUUAAAUUCUCACCCUGGUUGUACCUCCUGCGUUCCCCUCACAUGCCCACCUCUUCCUCCUUCACUGUCUCUGACGGCCUCUGCGCUGGGUCCUUCCUCCCACCUUCCCCAGCUCCAAAUAUGUAGCAGUCUUUCCAGAUGGCUGAGAGCAGAGGAGACCAGGAAGCCGCCCCCACCCCCUUCCGCUCUGCCUUCCUCCGCCUUCCACCCCCCCCCCACACGCACACCCGAUUCAGGUUUUAAGUCAAAAAUGUAGACGCCUCAUUAUGCACUUUACAGAUGAGGGGAGGGGCAGGGAGAGGAGAGUCCACACGCACCCCCUCUUGUAAAACCUUGGCCUCCACCCCGGGCCAGCAGCACCCACUGGGCCACAAGCAAGGAGAGACAUCACCAGGGAGGGACGCCCACAGGGGACUGUUUUCCACAUCUGUCCAUUAUUCUUUUGUUUUUUUCCACGUGAAGCUGUUUUCUGCAGAGUCCAGUCCCUUCUGUCUUGGGUCAGGUGGGGACAGGAGACCCUUUUCUGCCAGGAAAGGACACUGCUGGGAACAGCCCUUACCCACCCUCUGUGGUCACCCUACCAUGACUGCUGUUUCUCUCUCACCCUCCUGCCCGCCAUUCCCUAUUUCCCCUGACCUCCCUCCGCCUGAGCUUGGAGACUAUUUAUAGAUUAUUAAUUUUCUGACUGAGCCAAUAGUGGUUGGGAAUCUCUUGAAACUGGGAGAGAAAUGAUGGGGGAGACACCCCCACUCCCUCUUCCUGGCCCAACCUGAGAGAUGGGGGACUGUGGGGGGGGGCCCUCAAUCUGCAGCCAGGAUGGGGAGGGGGGUGCUGAGCUGUGAAUGCCCUGAGUUAGGGCACCGCUGUGUAGCAUUAACCCCCCCCCAUGGGGGUCUGCUGCUGGUCUAAUUUGGACCCUCCCCACUGCUCAAGCCCUGAGGGCCCUAGGCCUCCAGGAACAGAGGGAGAGAGUCCUCUCUACUGGGGCCAUUUCAAUAGGGGUGGGAAUUGUUUUGUUCCUCCCCAUUCACUUUUUUUUUUAUAUAUAUAUAAUAAUGGGAUGUUUGGGCCUUGCCCACCCCCCCUGUCCUGUCCUGGCCCCACCUGUCUCCCCCCUCUUUGUUCUUGUAGAUGAACCCCAGGUCCUCCCUCCCUUCCCAUUAUGUGUUGAAAAGUUAAUGGUUUCAGAUGUGAACAUCAUGUAUUAACUGUAGCUGUAAAAUUUUUUGUGGGGGGGUGGGGGGGUGGGGAGGGGUCCCGGAGGGUAGAGGUCAAGGAUUUGGUUUUUAUUUUUUUGUUUUAUUUUUUUUCCAAAAAACGAGAAAAAAAAAGGAAAAAAAAGGGGUGCAUUUGUUUUUUGAAAAACUGUCUUGAAUACCUAUUUAAAUGUGUGUUCUGUUUUGUUUUUUAACGAUUUUUAAAUAACGUCUGUGCCUCCCUGGGUAUGAGGCCCCAGACAGGAACCGGCCCGCAGCCCUCUGCCCUCUCAGGGCCUCCCUCCCCCUCCCCCCCCAACACGAAGCAUUACCCGGCCCCGGGGUCGGGCUGUGGGGGUCCUGGCGCCGCGCCAGUCUCCUGUAUGGAACCUAAAAUUGGAAGAAAGAAAAAAAAAAAAAAACCCUUACACAAGCACCGUGAUUUCAAGUAAUAAACAGAAAAUGAAACAC